AAAUAAAUUUAUUUUUAAAAAAAAAAAAAAAAAUUCCUUGUACAGUAUAAAUAUUUAUUAGUCCGUAGUAGCGAUAUUUAUAUAGGAGGAGAAAAUGAGAGGAAAGACUAGUCCUUCAACACACUGAAGCUGGCGCCUUAUUUGUCCUCUUUUCUCUUCUCUUCUCUUCAUCAUCAUCUUCUCCUGCUACUCCACCUCUUCCGCCAUUAAAGCUCCCUUUUUCCCAACUUCUUUCUCUCUCCUCCAACCCUAAUUUCUUCCUCUUUCUUCUCUCUUCUUCACAUUUCUCAUCUUCCCCUAAUCAAUGAAAAAACCCUAAUUUUAUUUCACCAAAUCAAACACCCCCAUACAAAUUUCUCACCAGAUUAAAUCGAAUCGAUUCAAUACAUUCAAAUCCGAUUGAAAUGAAACCCACCGGAAAACUCUUCACGAUCGGAUUAAUUACCUUCUGGUACUCCUCAAACAUCGGCGUAAUCCUAUUAAACAAGUAUUUGUUGAGCAAUUAUGGAUUCAAAUACCCAAUUUUCCUUACAAUGUGUCAUAUGACAGCUUGUUCUCUCUUCAGUUACAUCGCCAUUGUUUGGUUGAAGGUUGUUCCGAUGCAAACUGUUCGAUCUCGUGUUCAAUUUGCGAAGAUCGCCGCUCUUUCCGCCAUCUUCUGCGCCUCCGUCGUUAGCGGUAACAUCUCUCUUCGCUAUCUCCCUGUCUCCUUCAAUCAGGCUGUCGGUGCUACCACGCCGUUUUUCACCGCCAUUUUUGCUUAUUUGAUGACCUUCAAGAGGGAAUCUUGGCUCACUUAUGUCACUCUUAUUCCUGUUGUUACUGGUGUCAUCAUUGCCAGUGGGGGAGAGCCAUUGUUUAAUUUGUUUGGAUUUAUAAUGUGCAUUGGAGCAACUGCUGCACGAGCACUUAAGACAGUGCUUCAAGGAAUCUUAUUGUCAUCCGAAGGGGAGAAGCUCAAUUCUAUGAAUCUUCUCAUGUACAUGGCUCCUAUAGCUGUUGUCUGCCUUAUUCCAGCGGCAUUGAUAAUGGAGGAAAAUGUAGUUGGGAUCACUGUAGCUCUUGCAAGAGAGGAUCUCAGCAUUGUUUGGUAUCUGCUCUUCAAUUCUGCACUUGCCUACUUUGUGAAUUUGACCAACUUUCUGGUGACCAACCACACGAGUGCAUUGACUCUCCAGGUUUUGGGAAAUGCCAAGGGAGCUGUUGCUGUUGUUAUCUCAAUUUUAAUAUUUAGGAACCCUGUAUCAGUGACCGGAAUGCUCGGUUACUGUCUUACUGUAAUAGGGGUUGUUCUCUAUAGCGAAGCCAAAAAGCGCAGCAAAUAAGACUCUUCUCGCAUACUCAUCUGUAGUUCAUUAGAUUUAGCCCAGCCAUGAUGUAGUCUUCAAUUUCAGAUUUUGAGGUGAAAGUUCAGACCUUUGCAGGCAACUUCCUAGUCCACCAACCUGAAGGCCCAAGAUGGAACUGUUUUGUUAAGCAGACCAGCAUCAAGAGAUCAUGACUUCAAUUAGAAUUUGUUCCAUUUUUAGUUACCGUCAUUGUAAUAAUAUUUAGUAAUUUAUUUAGGUCAAAAUAUUGGAUAUUCAUAGUCACAGUGCUCUCGUAAGUUCAAUUUGUUUGGAAAUUCAUAAACUUUUCAAUUAUUUAUAGAGAAAUUAUUUUUGUCG